GCGGAGGCUCUACGAGGUCUUCUACGUCAGCCAUAUUGUCUUUGCCACAGCCUUCUACGUGGGUAUAGUAUAUCAUAAGGACGAGUGCUUCAAUUACAUCGCAGUGGGUCUGUUCCUAUACCUAGCUGACCGUAUCCGUCGCUGGCUGCGUAGUCGUGUGUUGUGUCACAUCACUGAAGUGCGUGCUACGCCCGGUAGUGAUGCUGUGCGCGUAUUCAUCGUUGCCGACUCCUUACCACACCACGGCCCCGGCGAGUACGCCUAUGUGCACCUCCCCACCGUCAGUCGGGUGCAAUGGCACCCGUUGUCCCUGACCUCGGGCCCUGGAAAACUGGACUAUGGUUCCGGUACGAAGAUCGGGCAAACAACUGGGUCCAUAGAGUUCUGUGCGCGAAUGUCCUUGACCCGAACUCCGCGCAACAGGUUCGAGGUGCAGGAGGAAGGGGCUGUCAAACAACACGAUGAGUCAUGCUGGUCCAGUGGGAUGACUCGGCUGCUACAGGGCUCGCCAGUGUAUGUUGAUGGACCGUACGGACACCUCGGUAUACCGUUGAAAAGAUGUAAUCGGCUGGUUCUCAUUGGCGGGGGCGUGGGGAUUACUCCGCUGAUCACAUUUGUGCGUCAUUUUGUCUAUUGCAAACGUGCUGGAGAGAUAUUUGCCCCACACACGGGUAUCGCACAAAGCCCAGAACGCACCAGUUUGUCCGCAGAAGGACCGGUUAAGGCCCAACUGGACGACCCAGAUAGUGAGAGCGACGAGGAAGCCGAAGGUGAUGGCUUUGACUUCUUACCGCAGCACGACAAUGAUAGUGGCCGAAGUUCGGUAUUGGGUGCGGCGGCUUGCGUGGGCGCUUCAGAAUGUAGUGUGCGGAACAUACAGAUUAUGAUAUAUAGGGAUUCUGGUCCAACUCAAUCUUGCUUGAUGUUCGGUACUUCCAAAGGCUGUGGAUCUACUGUGGGUUGUGCGCGAGAGGGAAUGUUUGGACUGGUUCCAGGACGAUCUGAAAGAAAUGGUGCAAGAUUCACGAGCAUCUGCCUCCCGUGAGGAGAAAACAGUCACUCGCGAUGCGGAACUGUAUUCCAGGAAGCUGUCGGUCAACCUAUACGUGACAGGUGAUCACGAACACUCCGACCAGAGCAACAAUGAGGAUGGCUUGUCUGAAGCGGGAUUCAAUAUACACAGUGAACGGCCCUCGAUCAGGGCCGAACUCCAGAAAAUCGCUGCGGACGAGAUCAACAACGGUAUAGGGUCUCUGACUACGAGCAUAGUGGGGCUGGUGGUGUGUGGGCCAAUGAGCAUGGUCGACGAAGUGCGACAAGUAGCGCUAUCGCACAGGUGGGAAGGCGGGCGUGUGGUGUUCUUGGUACACCAGGAGUCGUUCCUACUAUAAACCCUAACCCCGUGGCUUAGGCGUGUGCUGUGUGCUGUGUAUAGGUUAGGCUGGCUGCUAUGGUUCUGUAGGAUGUCAACACGUCGAUUCGCUUGUGAAAGCGGUUCGGAGAGGCGUGAGAUGGAUGUCUCUACACCCACAUCCUGCGUAUGACUCAUCUGAAAGCUCGAACCUCGUGGGUAUGAAUGAGCACUAGACUGUGUAGUGUAGACAUGGUAUGUUUCAGGAGGAGCUAUAUUAAUUCAUCUGGAUUUGGUGUGGCUGGUCAAGGAGUUAGAUAGCUGCUAUCACUAUGGUUAUGAAUCUUGGCCGUGAUUCACAAAAGAGCUAGAACAUCGAAGCAGAGGAGAGGACGUGCUGCUCUUCGACACACGCGUGUUUCAAUUAGCGGAUAUAGUUUCUAUAUUCAUUUUAAUUUUAGUCUUGCAGAGAGCGUUAGAAUACGUCCUGCAAUUGGCUAUUGGUGGAAGCCCUUUCUAUCAUUGCAUCUAAUUAGUCAGCGCUGUGGUAGAUUACCCCAUAGCGACACCAGUGCAAUCACUUACAUCUUCAACACAAAGGUGAGUGUGUCUUCGUGAGGUUACGGUUCGUCCAGACUCGAAUGCAACACGCUCCCCAUACAAGCAUAUUGCUAUGCUUCGUGUUACUGAGAAAUCGCCCCAAACCGGUUCUAGCUAGUAAAAGCAGGUCAGGGAUAUCUCAGACCCGAGAUUCAGUACCCCGUCAACCCAAGUUUAGAGUCAUAAGCACUAGGACUCAACGGUCUAAGAAGGGUACUCUGUGGGCAGUGACCAGCAACACGAAUGUACUCAGUGCAAUGUAACCCCUUGUUUCACUUGAACGAGUUAAGUAUAUGUUUGUAUUAAUUUAGUCACCGUGGUAUGGCGAAACGUAUAAAUCAAUGAACUUCCAGUUUUUGCCUCACACAUAGAUGACAAAUACUUUCUCGUCUGAAUUUCGAUGCACAUAACGAAUGAAGCCAAGAUAUAGAUACAAUUUUAAGGCCUCAGAUUGUUGACUUGCCAUUUGAUUAGAAUGAAGGAGUGGCUUUUCCUAAGGCCGUAUGCGCUGUAGUAUCUGUAGAACGACAUGCUUUAUACACAAUGCGGCACAUUAGCCAUGGGCUCAAUGACAUAUUACACCUUAGCAUGCUGAGAAGUAUUCACGGAUUAUAUCGGUAUUUAGAGUGAUAUGUGAUGGCCAACAAAACAGUAUCAAGAUGUGUCGUUCCUGACGAUCUCGUGCCUACUGUUUGUAAAGGACACGACUUCCGAUUAAUAUACGAUACAUAGUCGAACAGAAAUUCGACAUAUAAAUAUAUAUUUAUACCAGUCUGGCUUAAGUUUGGCACUUUAAAUUAGGUCAUACACAUCGUUUAACUAAAAACGCAGCCACAAUUGCUCCGCACGAAUUCUAUGCUAAACUGGCAGUCAUGUCC